GUCAAUAGUUGGCAGACUUUGUUCAGUGCACAGCCUAGCACACAAAUUUUGCACGUGAAUGUGCAACAAUUUGCUUUUAACUUCGUACAACCUGACUGAAAAAUAUUGACGACCUUUAGUCAGAGCUUGACCUUUGUUUGAUGGAUUAUUGGAGGGAACUUUGUUUAGUAUGUAGAAGUCCGAGAUUUGGCUGUAUGUUGACGAAUCAAUACCACAUCAUCAACACAUGACGAUGAACAACAAACUGUCGCAGAGCCUCAUAAACCCAGUUCCUCUGAAGAAGAUGGCAGGACUUGAAGGGACCUUUGGGAGCUUGGCAACUGCAGGCCUCUCAGCAGAAGGCCUGCACAGGUUCCCCAAUAGCCAGCUUCCACAGUACAGUGGGACCUACUUCACCUGUGAGCCCAGACUGCCAGAUGGAGCUAACCUUCCACCUUUUUGGGGUCCCCCAGAUAGAGCUUUGCUCAACGGCAGGAACGCUAUGAUUCAUUCUCCUGGUGAAAAAGGUCCCCUUCAAAACCAAGUUGUGUACACAGCAGACAAUCUGCAGUUCCCUACAGAGGGUAACCAUGCAUCUCCUGCACAGGACCUCCCAGCAAAGCAGGGCUUUUCAUACUACACCAAGAGUCCAGAAAGGAGAAGCGUCAUGGCUCCAGAGGGUGGAACAACAGGGUCUGUGAGAAAGCAUGCAGUGGGAUCUGGGAAUGUAUCCCCGACCUCAGGAAACUCGAUUUGUCUGGCCUUUCCCAAGCCUAUUUAUGGACAUAGCCCCUGCUGUAGUGAGCUAGGCUGUACAGCAAGACCGAGAUACAGGGUGGAGCCUGGAGAACAGAGUGUGGAUCCCAAUGUCUAUGAGGAGGACUGGGUUCUUUAUAGCCACCGGGCGCUCUUGCAUGGAAGCAACCCUGCAUUCAUGCAGCCGAGAUCGAUCCAGCCUGAACGCAGUGUCGAUCGACUACCUCUGAAGGACGAAUUCCUCAGCUUGAGCCCGAAUGAAAAAAGGACAUUGCCUCCCUUCACCGAGUCAAACUACGUCAGUUACCCCUGUACUCCCACGCGUCCACUGGUAGCCCCCUCCAACGAGCCAUGCCAACGUUUACAGAUUCCCUCCAAAGCCUUUCAUGGCCUGUACCCGUCCCAUGCUCCCACAUACAAGCACAUGAGCACAUCAGUGCACCUUGCCUCCUCCUCUCAACUCUAUCAGCACCCUGCUCCUAUGUCCACAUAUGGUCAGCUCACACAGCAACAAAUGUUUUACUAUCCUCAGGCAAAUGUGGAAGCAGAGAGUGGAGUAGCAUAUAAAGAUGUGGGUGGGAAGUACAGGGCAGAUGUGGAUCCUUCUGUACACAGAAACAGCCCUCCCAACCCCCUAGCGCAUUACAUCGUCUCUCAACCUAGGUUUUGUGAUGUUCCUCUGGUCAGUCACAUGGUACCACCUAAUUCCCAUGCAUUUCUAAGGGGGUAUGAUCACGGUUCUACUCCUGUUUACAGAAUGAAUCUCACUGCAGAUCAAAUGAGAUCUACCAUCGAUGAGCUAUGUGUCCCACCUCAAGUCAUGCAAAUGGGAAGAUUCUGUGCUCCCACACAUAACCUACACAUGGACAGGCCCACUUCUCACUCACAUAGCAUACAAGGGGACCAUCCCCGAGUACCACAACCAAACCUACACAUGAACAGGCCCUGUGCUCCUCCACACAGCCAGCCCUUUGCUACCUCUUAUAGAUUGCUUAUGGAUAAGGCGAAGGCUCCCCCACAAAGCCAACACAUGGACCGGUCCGGUGCUUCAGCGCCUAGCCCUCAGCCUGAGCAAGCCUUGGAUUACUCCAAGUACAGAGGUACAUCUCCUAGACAGGCUCAGGACCACCCAGAGGCAGGAAGAGAUUCGCUUGCCAGACGAUCAUCUGAUGGCCGAGGGCAUCCUCAUCACACCUCAGCAGUAAACUACAACACUGAUCCUCAGAGAAUAACAGGCUCUCCAGCAGUCUGUAGUAAAGGGAACCAUGUCCCUCGAUCUAACGCUGACUUCAAAAGCCUAAAGAGAAGUCCGUCAGACAUGCCUCUUAACAAUCAACCAACAUCCUUGGAUUACAGCGAAGUCGCGGUAGAAAUGGGCCCUUCUAAGAAACGCAUGAAGACGGAAUCAGAACAAGACAGAGCCAGCAGCUGUCAGUUACUGACGUCCAAUCCGAUGCCCGUCAUUAAUAAUGUGUUCAGUUUGGCUCCAUACAAAGCCUACCUGGAGGCUGCAGGGAUGCUCCCUUCCCUGCGGAGUUCUCCAAAGGUGGAGGAGCCUGAACACGGUGUGGUCAAAGCUGAGCCUCACGCCCAAGAGAACGACCAUCAGCAAGAAGGAGAAAAGCCUGUAGUCUCUUUCACUUCCACAGAGGUGAAGCCUGUAGUCCUCCCAGAUUCAUCAAAGGAGGAGCCAGUUGUGAAAAUGAUAGAACUGACAAAGAUAAAGAAGGAACUACUAGACUCUGACCAUAUAUUAGAGCAAGUCAAGCAAGAUGGACCCAUGGACAUUCCAGUCAAGAAUGAGGAGUCAGAGAAGGAUUCAUCUGUCAGUGGUCUUAUGUUGGUGAUAAAGAAAUGUGACCCCGAUGAAUUGGAAAGUAAAUCGUUCAAAUCAGCCAACAAUGUGUCCUCAUUGGAAUGCGUUGAUGACCCUCUGUUGGCACAGGAGAAAGUGAGGCCUUCCAUUCCCACCAGUCUCCAAUGGACUGUUAGACCCAAACAGGCAACUGCUCCCGAGUUAUCAGACGGCAAACCUGACCUGCAGAAGAUUCCUCCACAGUGUCUUAAGCUGUCUACCUACAACAUUGUCCUUCCAGAGAGGUUACAGGCUGCUCCUCCCGUCCCAAAGUCUCCAGAGGAGUUCCAGCCUCCAGCCCAGACUUAUGUUGUGCAAGGCACUGGGGACCUGAGACCAACCCGCCAGCACUUCAUGGAGUUGCACCAGGCCCUGUGCAGGCUGCUCUCCAAGUCUGUAACCCAAUCCUCAAAACCAGAGCUUCGGGCCUGGCUGUCCAAGCUGGAGCCCACUGGGCCCUCCACCCCUUCCACCAAAGCCCAGAAUCUGUGCGGUCUGAUGGGGGCCGAGGCCCGAGAGUUGUGGCUUAGUAAUGUGGAGAUUAGGUGUUCACUCCAGAAGGUUCUUCAUCGGCUGAAGGAGUACAUCACUCAGCACCACUGUCCAUUUCCACAUGUGAAGCGGACAGGAGCAGUGUUCAUUCCCAUGCUGGUGUUGAAGGAAAUCUUGUUCCCACAAGUUCAGGGCACCUUCAUCAACCAGGUUCUGCAGGAACACAAGGUGGAGCUGCGACCCACUACUCUCUCUGAGGAGAAGACCCUGACCCAGCUGCACAAGAGGGCUUGUCCCUCCAAGCUUAGGAGGCUGCUAUCCCUCAAAAACCUGCCAGAAAUCUACGUUGAUGUUCUCAAUCUGUUGUACCACUCCUGUGUCUGCAAGCACAUGGAAUCAACCUCACUUGAUGAUGUCCAAAAGACAGUCCAGGUAUUUUCUGCCCCCUUUUUUGAGGUAACAAACUGGUCCUCACCAAAGAGACAUGUUUACUGUUUACAAAUGGGCCUACCUCUGUGUUUUCUCAUGUCUGUUCUAACGGCCAUGCUCAUUGUGUUGCAGGUGUAAAGCUGGAUGGCUCUGCCAGAAGAGGAGAGGAGGCCCCACAGGAGGCUGACAUCUCACGGGGUUGGUCUUGUUUACAAAUGACCGCCUCGCGUGCCUCUAAUCCAGACUCACAGGAACACGGGGAGCAAAUGAGAAGAGGGUUGGCGUUUGAGAAGCGUAACCUAAAAAGCAGAAGGAGAAGCAACUCAAAGCACACAUUUUUGAAAAAAAGCCGUUUGUCACGCAGGAAGGUUGAAUCCACAGUGCAAGCUGCGCACGGUGUUAUAGAGACUACAUGUGAGAAGGCUUGGGAUGGUUGCCCGGUUGGUAGCAGUGGGGAUGAAGAGAGCGGGCACAGAGAAGAGGAGAAGAACCCAUCAGUCAUGACCUUGCAGGAGGAGGAGCCUGAGGAUUCAUGGAAAUGCCCUUUGACCUCAGACAAACUCUUUUCAUCUCCCAGUGACAAUGAGACUGAGAGAACCGGCACUUUAUUCCAUGAUAACCAGUUCUCGGGUUCAGAAAACUCUCAGGGCAUUCGCAAGAGUCCCUCUGGUAUGAUCCUCAAACUACGUAAAGUGCUGUACCGCAAGGGCAGAGUGGCCUGCUAUCAGGCAGUCUCUGACCCACAGCCACACUACCGGCCUCCCUUCCCAGAGGCUGCAGAUGUAGAACCAGGGGCAACUGGAGGCCGAGCCAGGGAGUGGGACCUUUCCUGGAAGGGGUCUCAUUCUAUUCCCCAUAGAGGCCACAAAUCAGGGAGGCUCUCCUCUGCCCUGCGCUCCACCCGCAGCGCCUCCAAAAAGUUCCGUCUGCGCCAAUCUCUCAUGAAGAUUAAGUACUGUCCCUAUCUGUCAGCCUGCCACAGUGCAGAGCACAGGAGGCGCUGGGUCCUACGCUCUGCCGUGCAGAGGGCCAAGAGAGCCAUGAAGAUGUACUUCCCAGACCUGGUGGGGAAGAGGAUAUGUCAUCUGUAUGAAGAGUUGGAUAAGACUGAGGUCUGGUACAGAGGGUUUGUGGUGCGUGUUCAUGAAGCACACCCUAACCCCCUGAAGACCGUGUUUGAGGUGCAGUAUGACAGUGAGCCUGAGUGGAAAUACUACCUGGAGCUGCUGAUAGACUUUAAGAAAGGAUGGCUUAAAAUAGAAGACUAAAGUCUUUUUGAAACGAUGUCUGUGUGUGUCUAUGGAUACUUUGGUACUUUUAAUUGUGUUUUGUAAUGUGCACUGUUGGAUGACUGAAGUUUUUAUUCAAGGCUAUAACAGUAAUUGGAACUCUGUUAAAUCACAUCUGUGUUGCGAGUUGCUGGCCUUAACAUUUGCAAUCAAUAACAAACAUUAAUAGCCCUUAACAUCAGAGUGACCACAAAAUGCAGUCACACUGCAGAAGAUAAUUUUCCAGCAUUCCAAUCUAUGUGUAUGAGUUCUAAGGACUGGCUGCAGGGUGUGGCUUAAAGGAACCAAUUUCUGGAAAGUACCCACUGGAUUAUAUUGAUAUCAAAUGGGAUUGAAGAUCAGGUUUUAGUAACAUAGUCGAUACAGCAGUACUUGUAACUCGUUCCAGGAAAUGCAGGACUUGUCUGUGGUCACAUACAGCGACGGUCAUAAAAGUUAUCUGUGGUAUGUCCGUGUUGGUCAUAUUUUAAAUGGUCAUAGGUGAAAGAUAUGGGGAGAUUGACCGAGCAUUUUAGGUCAUUACAUUUUUCUAUUUGAACAGUCCGGAAUAUUUUUAGCCUGUGAUGAAGUGUACUGUCAUGUUAUUGGAAAACAUUUUCUUCCAGGCUUGUCAUGUGUUCUUUUUAAUUGACUACUUACCACCUCCUCUGCCUGCUCCUGAACAGAAAGUAAAUUUGUGUGUGUGUGUGUGUUUGAAGCCAGAUUGUAAUUAAUUGUACCCCUGAAUCAUGCUGCUGAAAAUAGUGUAUUUAAGAGGCACCUGUAUAAGGGGACAUGUACUGUGAACCUCAAUUCCUUCACCAUGGAUCGUCUAUGGAUGUUGAACACUACAAUAAUUAUCGUCUUUGUUUUUUUCAUUGUGGUGUUUUUCUAAUAAAUGUGUGUAGUGCUUUACUGGU